AUGGAAACCGACAGCGUUGUGAUAGCUGAACAAAAGGACCGAGAUUUAGAGGCUAAUGCUUUGAAAGACACCAUUAAUGGCUCUAUUGCCGGUGCCUUUGGCAAACUGAUCGAAUAUCCUUUCGAUACAGUAAAGGUUAGGAUGCAAACCCAGGAUGCCAAGACUUUCCCGACGACAUGGUCAUGUAUUAAAUACACAUACAAGAAUGAAGGGAUUCUGAGAGGGUUUUUCCAAGGCAUAGGGUCACCCAUUUUUGGUGCGUCAUUGGAGAAUGCUGUCCUGUUUGUUUCGUAUAACCAAUGUGCUCAAUUUCUUGAGAAGCAUGCAAAAGUAACGUCUUUGCAGCAAACCGUCAUAUCAGGAGCUUUUGCUGGUGCCUGUGCCAGUUUGGUUCUAACACCGGUUGAGCUGAUCAAAUGCAAACUGCAGGUCUCGAAUCUUCAAAAUUUGCAAGCUGGCAUCAAAAAGCCCACAAAGAUCUUACCAACGAUCAAAUUGGUCCUGCAAGAACGAGGGGUAAUGGGAUUAUGGCAAGGGCAAUCGGGUACUCUUAUCAGGGAAACGUUUGGCGGUGUAGCAUGGUUCUCCACUUACGAACUUCUGAAGAAUUAUCUGAAGAGUUUGCAUGAUGACGGUCGCGACAGCGACACCUGGGAACUGCUCGUUAGUGGUGCUAGUGCUGGUUUGGCCUUCAACGCAAGUAUAUUCCCUGCUGAUACUUUGAAAUCAGUGAUGCAAACAGAACACAUGGGUCUUCUGCAAAGCGCGAAAAGAGUGAUGGCCAAAUCAGGUGUUGCUGGUUUCUAUCGUGGUCUGGGCAUAACGCUUAUCAGAGCAGCACCCGCUAACGCUGCAGUGUUCUACACUUACGAGACUCUCUCAAAGUUAAUCUAA